GUUCCUGAUGGAUCAGGCUGCUGUUUCAAACAAGAAUGCCAAUGUUUCUGCUACGGCUACGGGGAUCCUCAUUAUGUGACAUUUGAUGGAACAUAUUAUGGUUUCCAAGGAAAUUGCUCUUAUGUAUUGGUUAAAGAGAUCAAACCAAUGUACAACUUCAGCAUCAUCAUUGAAAAUGUGUAUUGCGAUACACCAGAUGAUGUUUCAUGUCCUAAAUCACUGACUAUUCACUACAAAUCAUUUGAAAUUUAUAUGAGUCAAGAUGUCUCUCCAGGAAAUGUCACAAACUUGAUUUAUGUCAAUCACAAGCGCAUCUACCCAAGUUACAUGAACGGUGACUUUAAAGUCACAAACAAUGGCAUUGAAGCUUUUGUGGUAAUACCUGAUAUCGGCGCAUCAAUAAUGUUCUCCGGGAUGCAGUUUAGCGUUGGCCUCCCUUGGAGUAAAUUCCAUGGCAACACUGAGGGACAGUGCGGAACAUGUGACAACAAUAGGACAGACGACUGCCUCUUGCCCAAUGGAAAAAUUGAUCCAUCUUGCCCAGAUAUGGCCCACCAUUGGAAGGUUAAUGCUAGCAACUGCCCAGUACCCCCAACCCCAACCCCACCCCCAACCCCCUGUUCACCAGAAACUACAUCCAUCUGUAAAAUCAUUGCAAGCAAGGUCUUUGAAAAAUGCCAUGGAGCGGUCUCCUAUGAGUCCUAUAUUGAGGCAUGCGAGUAUGACGUAUGCCAUAUGAACAUCUCUAUUGGUUGUGCCAGCCUUCAGUCUUACGCUCAGCUGUGUGCUCAGAAUGGCUUUUGCAUUGACUGGAGAGGUGCCACAGAUGGAGUGUGUGCAUGUAAUGUCACCACAUGUCCAAGAAGUUCCUGUCCGGUUGGCUACAUUCAAGAGAUUGAAGUGGGGGCGUGUUGCCCUAAGUGUGUUCCUAAACCUGUCUGUGUAAACAAUAACACAGAAUACUCGAUCAAUGGUAUUUGGAGUCCACCAGGGGACAAGUGUGUAAAGUACGAGUGUGUGAAGGUCGGGAGCAGCUUCAUCACUAUGGAGGCCAGGACCCUCUGUCCUCCCUACAACCCCAAUGACUGCAUUCCUGUUUUCUCAGAGUACAAGCAUGUUUCAGCGCUCCUGCUCCUGUUGCCAGGAGGUUAG